CAAAACGAUUACAUAAUGGAAAGAAAACGUUUUCCUUUUUUGGGGAGGUCGCAAUUGUCGUUUAGGGUCAAGAUGAUAAAUAUUCAAAUGCGUGAAACAUUGAGUUUAAUAAGGCUGCAGUAUAGAGGGGGAGUUCCCAUCUGGGAGGUGACGUGAUGUCGAGGGGAUUUCCACACUGAGCCAGCCAAUCAGAGCGAGCACUUGCGGAAACACAAAAACUGCCGCAAAGACAUCUUCGUGCGUUAUUCGACACAUGGCUCCGAGUCGGUUUAACGAGUUUUCACGGCUGACAUCGUUUCUGUUGUGUCUGUCAUACUGACAUGAGAUGAGCUGUUUUGAAGAGAGAGAGACAAGUUUUGAUCUAGAACAGAAGACCGAAAACGGAAAAUAUCCGGUUUGGAAAGAGUUCAAGGACGCGACGGCGGAGUUUACGCUCUUUAAGUGCUCCUCCUCACACACGGACAUCUUAAACAUGAAAGACACGGACAUCUUAAACGGCAAUUCUGAGCGAGGGGUGUCAGACAUUGACCUCAUUCAAGAAAUCAUCCGAGAGGACGGUGAGCGGUCGGGUUCCUCCCUCCUCCCUGGACCUCCUUCCCCUCCUCCUAACUUGCGCUGCCAGCCUAACGGCCAGAACCAGAGGAGCCUCCGACGGUGCUCCUCACCGUCCUCAGAACCUGUCCUCUUGGCGAGAGGCACCCCAUGUCAGCCAACCUGCACCUUUCCUCAGCCCCUGCAGCAGUUUUGCACUUCCAGAGAGAUGGCUCAUCCAUCCCGGGGAGCCGGUUCCUCACGGCGUGGUCGAGGCUCCUCAAGUUUGCUAGUCUCAAGGAGCUGUGGCAGUGUUUCUUCUCUGAACCGGGGAGGCGACGCUGAGAUGCUGGAGCGGAUUCUGGAGAAGCCGAAAUUGGUGGUGGUGGAGGAGCCAAAGGAGAGAGGCAUGAGGUUUCGCUACGAGUGUGAGGGACGCUCGGCCGGCAGCAUUCUGGGGGCGUCCAGCACUGAAACCAACAAGACUCAGCCUGCGAUAGAGAUUCAGGGUCCCAUUGACCACUUAAAGAAGGUCACAGUUACUGCGUCUUUGGUGACCAAAGACCUCCCACACCGGCCUCACCCCCACUGCCUGGUGGGUAAAGACUGCCCGAACGGUUCAGGGAUCUGCGUUGUCUCGUUCAAUCCUAACAGCAACCGGCGUCACAGCUUUGCUAACCUUGGUAUCCAGUGUGUGAGGAGGAAAGAGCUGGACGUUUCACUUCAGAAGAGGAGAAAUCAAAAUAUCGACCCCUUUCAAACUGGUCACUCAAAGGGCAUUGAAGACAUGGACAUGAAUGCUGUGCGUCUGUGUUUUCAGUGUGAUCUUGAGUGGGAGGAUGGCAGAAAAGACUCUCUCAAUCCAGUUGUGUCCAGCCCCAUCUAUGACAAGAAGGCCACAACUACGUCACAGCUGAAGAUCAGCUGUUUGAACCAGUACAGAGGCUCCUGCGCUGGCAAGACAGAGAUCUACAUGUUGUGUGACAAAGUACAGAAAGAUGACAUAGAGAUCAUCUUCAGGCGAGGGUCGUGGAAGGCGAGUGGGGAGUUUGCCCAGACAGACGUUCACCGGCAGAUCGCCAUCGUGUUUAAGACUCCACCCUACCAGGACCAGGACAUCACAGAGGAGGUUGAAGUCAGCGUUGCUCUGCGUCGCCUCUCAGACCAGAUGGAGAGCGAGCCUGUUAGCUUCACGUACCUGCCACAUAACCCAGAUCCAUAUGAGGUGAAUCGGAAGAGAAAAAUAAAGUCCGACAUCAGCCUCAGAGAGAAACCUUGUGUGACAGCAGAAAGUGCACCUGCGGCAGAACAGCCUUUCCACUUCCCCCAGCCGCCAACCAUGAUGUCUCCAGACGAGAGGCUUUGUACCGCCCUGCCUGUGGAUUCUCCUUUAGGGCAAAUGUGUUACAACGAGCCCCCGGACUCAAGCACUGGCAUUGAUCCGGCCCUCCUUAAUCAGUUGCUAGAAAUGCCUGCAUUUUUGGAAAUGCUUGACCCUCACCUCACCUCGUCCAUGCUCUCAAGCUUUGAGCAGGGGGCUGACGCCAACUCCACGUUUGCCAACACUGAAAACAUGGAUAUGAACUAUACCCAGAACUUUGGCUCAUACACUCAGGACUUUUCCCAUUACAGCGACUUGCAGUUCAACAUGCUCGUCAAUGAGAGUCAGACUCCGCAGUCAGAGGCACAGGACAGCUCCUCCAACAUAGUUCAGGUGAAGACCGAAGAGGAGCUAUGAGGACGGGAUAGUCAGGAUCAUGUAGCACUCUUACACACCCUCCCUGUUCAUUUUAGAAGCAUAGUUAGACAUAUUGGGGAAAUAUGCUUUUUACCUUUUGGACAGAGUCAAGCUAGCUGUUUCUCCCGAGUCCAGUCUUUGUGCUAAUGUAAGCUAACUGGCUGCUAGCUUCAGCACGAGAGUGGUAUCCAUCUUUUCAUCUAACUCUCUGCGAGAAAGCAAAUAAGCACAGUGUUUAACUUUUCUCGUAACCCUUCUGUAUCUAGAGCCAAACAAGAUUAUGUUGUCCCAAGAUGAAACAAGACGCCUCCUUUGUUUGUAGACUCAUUUGGUUUCAUAACUCUGCACUGCUGCCCUCUCACUAACCCAAUAUCUCUGUGUUAAUGCCUUGCUGGUCAAGGCUUUAGCAACCAGGAGCAGGUCAACAUUCCCACAUAUUUUCCUGUAAUGCUGCUAGCAUUAAUCUUCAGGCUUAAGGUCAGAGAAUGGGGAGUUAAGCGUUGAGCUUAAAAAGAGAACUUGUGAACAGAAGAAAUCCGUCCAUAAAUUGCUGUUGUAGUAAAUCAUUGGCUGUAAUACCUGUCACAUAAUGUUUGUGUAAAGUCUGUUGCAUUUGUUUCCACAUGGCUUAGGGGAAACAUCCCGACUUCCUACGAGAAGUUAUUUGCAGUGUGAAAGGAUUUUAGUUUUAAAACACAAAAAGUCUCAAGUAGAGUAGUUUCAGAUCUGUUCUUCAUAUUGUUAUUGUCUGUUGUUACUCUCUGCUGAUGUGGCCGUCAGCUGACUUGUUUAAUAUUUAAUCAACUUAAAUGCAAUAGAAACCAGUCCUCUUCUGUCUGUGUCAGUUCCUUUUUGUUCUGCAGUUUCACUCUCGUGCCAAGCAUUCAAAGUUCCACACAGCUUGUCACUAGUCCAACUCCACCCCCUCGCUGUAGCACUGUAGUGUCAAUAUUUCAGAAAAGACGAAAUAAAAUGGCAGUUUUAUU